CAUAAAUGGCCAGCGCUGCCCAGGGAGCCCUCGGGCCACCAUGUCCCUCUGCCAGGGCACCCUCUGCCCGGCCGCGCUCCGGGACAGGAGAUCCAGCGAUGUUUUCUUCCACGUGGUGACCCCCGAGCGCAUCCCGCAGUUCAUUAUCCCGUCCCUGGACAUCCACCAGAAGCGGAGAUGCUCAGGCAAGGAGGUGGCACAGCUGGACGGGGUGGCACGGCUGGAGGGGGUGGCACAGCUGGACGGGGUGGCACAGCUGGAGGGGACAGCUCGGAGGAGCAGCUGGGAGCCAGCGGUGGAGGAUGAGCCCGGCUCCAGCCCAUCCCGGUUUAACUCUUCCCGCUCCGCCCCGGACCCCACAGCCUGGGCGGCUCUGUCCCUGCCGCACCUCCCCAAGGUCACCACCCCGUACGGUUUUGUCACSCUGGGCCGGAGCCCGCAGGUCACCAGCGAGGAGGCGUUCUUUCACUCGGGUCGCAGCUGGCAGGAGGAGCCGGGGUGCUGCGGACACCCCGGGGUCCCUGAGGGGCGCUCCGCCACGGGAGGACACCGGAGGGACCGCACUCAGCAGCCGGGUCCCMGUGRCAGCGGUGACAGCGGUGACACCGGUGACGGAAGCAGCGCGACCCCAGCGGGGCUUCCACCGCCCAGAUGUGCCAGAGACACCCCAAAAACAGCGGCUCUGGGAAGCCGAGGGGCAGAGAGGAGGGACAGGAGGCUCCUGGGGGUGGGCUGUCCCAGGAGCAGCUCCAGCCCSGAGCUCCCCGCGGCGACAGCAGGGAAGAAAUUGUUCCAGAGGAUCCUCAGGAGGCAUCUCGCCCACCCUCGGGGGGUCUCACUCUGCACUGACCCUGCGGAGCAGCUCUGAGGAACUCGGAUUCCCCGAAAAUGUGGGGGAAAGGGGCUGCUGUGAGGGCUCGGCCGUGAGGAGCGCGGUGUCACCUCCCCGGGCGUGACAGAGUGAGGGGACACUGCCCAUCGCACCGGGUACGGCUGGGGAGGGACACGGCGAUGCUGGGGGGCUGCGGGUUUGUGACUGUUCAGGGAUCGGAA